CGAGCGAUACGGACGUGUUCGUCUCCAGUGAGUUAAGAAUCCCGCACAAGAAAGUAACCCAUCGAAGAUUUGUUCGAAUCGAAGAUCAGAUCACUCCGCUAAGAAAGUGAGAUUUGUGCAGUGAAAAAGUACUGAGAUAUACUAAAAUCACCCAAAGAUUGUAAACAAAAUAAAAAACAAAGUAAAAACAAAUCAGCCAAGUGAGAAGCCAAAGUUAAGAACCGAAAUCGAAAUGAAUCACCUAUCGCCGCCGCCAUCGCCGCACUCGCAGCAGCCGAGUCCAGCGGGCAUGGGGAUCGGGAUGGGCUGCCAUGGAGCAGCCCUGGACAAACAGUGGAUGCAGCGGGCGUCCGCCUUCAACACUGUGAUGGCCUCCGCCGCGGCACAGAAAAUCAAUGGGAGAGAUCUUCCCUUUUUGUACAACCCACUGCUCUACUCCAGUGCCCUGCUGUGGCCCCAAUUCCUGUUGUCCUCGGCUACGGCUCUGGGCACGCCCCUAACCCCCAUGACCCCCAAAUCGCCCGCCUCUGUGGUGAUGGGCCAGCGGGAUCGGGACUACGCGUUGACCCCUGAAAAGGAGCACGAACUGCAGCUGAGCAAGCAGGAGGAUCAGGAGCAGGACGAGGACAUGCCCUUGAACCUGAGCACCAAGGAGCGCAUCACAUCGGAUCUGGCCAACCAGGAGCAGUAUCACAGCAGCAGUAACAACAGCAGCAGCAGGAGCAGCUCCAGCAGUGACGUGGAGCCACUGCAUCCGAUGACCGCUCUCAACGUGACCCCGCCCCCUUUGAGGGCGGUGAAUCUGAAGAGUUCGGGCACACCACAACAACAGCGCCAGAGAUCGCAGGGUAACAUCAUCUGGUCACCGGCCUCGAUGUGCGAGAGAUCGGCGAGAAGGGAGCAGUAUGGUCUGAAAAUGGAGGACGACGAGGAGGAGCACCAGGUGGAUCCCAUUGUGCGAAAGUUCAAGUACGAGCGCAGGACAGCUUCCAUAUCCUCGCUGCAAUCACCGAUCUCCUCGCUCUCCGCCCCACCCUCCACUUCCGUUCAGGAUCUGGAGUUCGAGGUGGCCCAGCAGCAAUUGUACGCCCAUCGCAGUGCCUUCAUGGCCGGACUCACGGGCAACAACCUGGAGCUGCUCACCCAGCACUUGAAGCAGAAGAGCGAGCAACCACAGCAGCAGCAUCAUCGCAUCAAGGACGAGCAGCAGGAUAACCGUUCGGCAGCCGCUCUCAUGGGUUUGGUGGCAGCCGCCGAAUUUGGCUACAUGCGUAAUCAACACCAACAGCCGCAGCAGCAACAGUUGCAUCAUCAGCAGCAGCAGCAGCAACAUCAGCAACAUCAGCAGCAACAUCCUGACUCGACGGCCACAGAUGUUGCGCGUCGGUCCUCCUCCUCGUCCUCUUACCAAGGUGAAGGCGAGGAGAAGCGCAGCGGCAGGAAUUUUCAGUGCAAACAAUGUGGCAAGAGCUUCAAGCGUUCGUCCACCCUGUCCACGCAUCUGCUCAUCCACAGCGAUACCCGGCCAUAUCCCUGCCAAUAUUGUGGCAAGCGGUUCCACCAAAAGUCGGACAUGAAGAAGCACACGUAUAUACACACGGGCGAGAAGCCACACAAGUGCACGGUGUGCCUGAAGGCCUUCAGUCAGAGCUCGAACUUGAUCACGCACAUGAGGAAGCACACGGGCUACAAGCCCUUUGGCUGUCUACUCUGCGAUCAGUCCUUCCAGAGGAAAGUGGAUCUGCGGAGGCAUCGGGAAUCGCGGCAUGAGGAGGCGCCCGCCCUCGAGGAUCUGAAGCCCCUGAAGAUGGAGGUGAGCAGCAGCAGCUGCUGACCACGGCUAGGACAUCUCUGAUCCGGGAGAUCCCAGUAUUACGCUAAGCAGGAUCGAGGGACACACUCAUACACAAAAACACCCAGCCGAAGGAGCAGUUUGAAGUCUAAGACCCUAAGUCUAAGUCGUUGCUAUAAAAGCCAAAGUUUGUUUUGUUUAGGCCUUCGCAAAGAUUUACCUAGGCAUAAGAACUAUUGUUAAAUAUCUCCCUUCAAAACAAAACCAAACCACCCCCCUCCCCACAUUAGCUAAGAUACUGCCGUAAGCCUGUAUAUAGUUGUCCAAAAACAAGACUCUUAUUAUAGCUGUUAAACCUUAGCUUAAUAACUAAUCUAAUUUAUUGCAUUAACCCUUAUUGAUUCGGUUUGAACUUAACCCAAAAUUGGCAGCUAAACGUACCAAAGAACAACCAACAACAAAUGAAAUACCACUUGGCGUCCACUUGUCUAAAUUUAGUUUCCUAAUUUAUUUAAGUUUA